AAAUUUCGCGUCACGUACGCUGCGAUGGUCUCGCUUUAUCUAAGCCGACAUUUAACGAAUCCGGACGACAUUAUACGUGCAUUCCAAGGGAUGGCAAAUGCACUCACAUCAGGAUUUGGGGCUUCCUUGUGGGGGCUUCCACACCGCGCUUUCCGGUGGUCUCUGUCCUGGGAAAGCUGGGGCUCAGUGACUGCAAGGCCCGGCUUCCCGAGUUGGAGCUGGGCUGGUUGGGUGAAUUCGGGAAACUAUGACCUCAUGGAUAACCGA